AUGACUAGUUAUUUCCUUUAAUGUAGGCACAGAACAUGAUUAUCAGCAGUCAGUUGUAGUCUUCAUGGUGCAGAUAUGAUGAGAAGCAUUUCAUUCUGAUAGAUUGAUGCUAACUCAAAGAACGGACAAUUAUUUUAAACUUGUUCUAUAACUUUUGGGUCUGUGUUGGUCUCUACAGGAUCAACAUGGAGGUCUACAGAGCUGCCAGACACAAAGAAUGUGACUCAGAUGUCAAACUGAAUGAGGGAAUAAAGCUACCUGAGGACGACAAAAAGGCUCCAACAUCCUUCUCACCUGAGCAGACAGCUGAAUCUUCAUACAGGACAGAGAAGAAGGACUACAGAGCUGCCAGACACAAAGAAUGGGACUCAGAUGUCAAACUGAAUGAGGGAAUAAAGCUACCUGAGGACGAGGAAAAGGCUCCAACAUCCUUCUCACCUGAGCAGACAGCUGAAUCUUCAUACAGCUUCAGGUGUCCUGGUCCAGGUGUGUUCCAGUGUGCUUUGACUGGACUGGUGUUUGACAUGGCUCAGGAGGCGGAGCUACUGUACAGGACCGUCCAAUGGGAUGAGAGCUUCCUCCAAUCAGCUGGCAAAAUGGCUGCAGGGCCGCUGUUCAACAUCAAGUGUUCUGAGGAUGCUGCUCUCCGUCAGCUCCACCUCCAACACUGUGACACAAAGGAAGCAUUGCUCUGUGAUGGCCUGUUGUCUGUCGCUCACAUCUCUGAUGAUGAAAUGAGCAUCUUGGAGCCGCUGAAGAUUACAGACACUCAUGUGGUUGUGAAGAUCUCUCACCUCUCUAUCUUUGGCCUGAUCUGGGAUACGAUUCUUAGGAUUCGGAACAUCAUAUGGCCGAUAAAUGGCCAAGUUCUGCUGUUCCUCCGACCUCCCAACGCAACACAUCAAGUACUCGAUGUCUUUCUGCUGAACAAAAACGUCCCUGUAAGCGAGGUUAAGGCCCAACAAGGACGUGCUACGUACAUCCAGAUCUCUGCCAAGUGUCUUUUCAACUUUAGUCAAAGUUACAGUUUCCACUGUGAACCUGGGAGCUUCAGAAUACGACCUGAUCGUGCACCAUUUGACUCAGAUUAUGGACCAAAUUACCAUCCGACAUUUGAAGUUUUCCUGACUACGAUCCCAGAGGAAGUGACUUUGACGGUCCGGAAUCCAGAGAGGACAGACGACGUCUGGAGACGUGAUCUGUUUCAAGCAGAACUAACAAUGGAAAUCCCUCAGGGGAACGUCCCACCAGAGGACCGCGUCCCACCAGAGGACAACGUCUCACCAGAGGACAACGUCUCACCAGAGGAGAGGCUGCGGUUGAUUCGAACAAAGUUUGUAGAGGGAAUGUCUGAUCCUAAUCUGAACAAGCUUCUGGAUGAACUCUUUCAGCGUCGCGUUAUAAGCGAUGGUGAAAUGGAGUCAAUCAGAACAAAAACCAAGAGAGAUAAAGCACGAGAACUGAUUGACACGGUGCGACUAAAGGGAACUGAAGCCAGCUCAGUUCUGAUCGCUGCUCUCCGUAAGGAGGAUCCGUGGGUUUUCAGAUCUUAGGCUGAAACAAAAGCAAGAAGCUGGAGUGUGAUGAUGAAUCUCUAUAAUAUCUGGCUGUUUCAGAGACUCACAUCACUUAUUGUUGUCUUUAAAUGAUAAAUCCCGUCGUGGAAGCCUGUGUGGACUUUCACUCUGAAGGUGAUUCACUGAAGUUUGGGGGAAAAGUGAAUUCAUUUUCAAUCUCUUAUGGUUUGGUCUCAAGAUUUUAUAAUCAUUUACUUGUGAUAACUACUGAUGUGUUGUCGGUGAUGAAGACCUGCGAUAGAGAGCUUGUGACAUUUCUAUAUGUUUUGGGAACGCAUUCUUACUGCUAAUUUUUGGAAGUUAUUAAUUUAGUUUUCAUUAGGGCUGUCUAAGUUAACGCGAUAAUAACAUGCUAAUGCAAAUUUGUUUUAACGCCACUAGUUUCUUUAACGCAACUUGUGAUUAUUAGGUUGCAGCGGCUCAGUGUUAA